GUGUGUGUGGGGGGGGGGCGGAAUAAUGCUGAAUAAAAUGGGAAAUUAUAAAUAUAUUUUCUGUUCAAAUAUUAAGUAAAGAGUAAAGAAGCGGGAGGACAGUCGCAGAAAAGGUAAUGGAAUGGAUACAAGGCCACGCUUGAGUGUGAGGGGACAGGACCAGGUUCCAGUCUCUAAAUUUAACUCUGCACAGGGCCGGGGCGAGCCUGCGCUGGCGGAACCUGACACCGUGGCCCGAGCGCCAGGCCCUUGCCCCGACGAUGCUGGGUCGGCCUCGGUCGGAAACCGGGAGUGGCGCUGGCAGCAUUUGUGCGCCCACCUGUCGCGGCCCGUUUCCCGCGGCUGACUGGGUCAGGCUGGGGCGGCCUAGAGAAGCUGAGGGACGGGGGCGAAGGGGAGAGGCCGCUGGCCAGGGCGGGGGCUGGUGGAGCGCACAUCGGGGCGCAGGGCUCCGUCCCGCACUUGAACGGCCCAGUGCCUCCGGGCCCGUAGUCAACGUGCGCCUCCCCUCCCGGCUCCCAGCCGGGCGCGCCCUGGGCUCGAGUCUCUGCCUGCCCAGUGGCAGCCCCGCCCUUCCUCUCCCAGUGGGCCCUCGGCGGCCAGCUCGGACGUCCGGCUCCGACCCGCGUCCUGUGAGGUUCAGUGGCCGCCCAGGCGCGACCAGAUCUGGGUGCGCGGAGAGCGCGCAUGGCGGCUGUGGGACCGCGGACCGGCCCCGGAACCGGGGCCGAGGCUCUAGCGCUGGCGGCAGAGCUGCAGGGCGAGGCGACGUGCUCUAUCUGCCUAGAGCUCUUUCGUGAGCCGGUGUCCGUCGAGUGCGGCCACAGCUUCUGCCGCGCCUGCAUAGGACGCUGCUGGGAGCGCCCGGGCGCGGGGUCUGUUGGGGCCGCGACCCGCGCGCCCCCCUUCCCACUGCCCUGUCCGCAGUGCCGCGAGCCCGCGCGCCCUAGUCAGCUGCGGCCCAACCGGCAGCUGGCGGCAGUGGCCACGCUCCUGCGGCGCUUCAGCCUGCCCGCGGCCGCCCCGGGAGAGCACGGGUCCCAGGCGGCGGCGGCCCGGGCGGCAGCUGCCUGGUGCGGGCAGCAUGGCGAACCAUUCAAGCUCUACUGCCAGGACGACGGACGCGCCAUCUGCGUGGUGUGCGACCGCGGCCGCGAGCACCGCGAGCACGCCGUGCUGCCGCUGGACGAGGCGGUGCAGGAGGCCAAGGAGCUCUUGGAGUCCAGGCUGAGGGUCUUGAAGAAGGAACUGGAGGACUGUGAGGCGUUCCGGUCCACGGAAGAGAAAGAGAGCAAGGAGCUGCUGAAGCAGAUGGCAGCGGAGCAGGAGAAGGUGGGGGCAGAGUUCCAGGCGCUGAGGGCCUUCCUGGUGGAGCAGGAGGGUCGGCUGCUCGGCCACCUGGAGGAACUGUCCCGGGAGGUGGCACAGAAGCAGAAUGAGAACCUGGCCCAGCUCGGCGCUGAGAUCACCCAGCUGUCCAAGCUCAGCAGCCAGAUCCAGGAGACAGCUCAAAAGCCUGACCUUGACUUUCUCCAGGAAUUCAAAAGCACGCUGAGCAGGUGUAGCAAUGUGCCUGGCCCCAAGCCAACCACAGUCUCUUCUGAGAUGAAGAAUAAAGUCUGGAAUGUUUCUCUCAAGACCUUUGUCUUAAAAGGGAUGCUGAAGAAGUUCAAAGAGGACCUUCGGGGAGAGCUGGAGAAAGAGGAGAAAGGUCGUUUAGGAGCAGGAAUGCCCUGUACCUUGAGAUACUCAGACUGGGAAAGGCUUCUCGGCCACCUGGUGGAGCUCACCUUGGAUCCCGACACGGCCAACCCGCGCCUCAUCCUCUCUCUGGAUCUUAAGAGCGUGCGCCUCGGCGAGCGGGCCCAGGACCUGCCCAGCCACCCCCGCCGCUUCGACACCAACACCCGCGUCCUGGCGUCCUGCGGCUUCUCCUCGGGCCGGCAUCACUGGGAGGUGGAGGUGGGCUCUAAGGACGGCUGGGCCUUUGGCGUGGCCCGCGAGAGCGUGCGCCGAAAGGGCCUGACGCCCUUCACUCCCGAGGAGGGCGUCUGGGCCCUGCAGCUCAACGGCGGCCAGUACUGGGCCGUGACCAGCCCCGAGCGGUCGCCCCUCAGCUGCGGGCACCUGUCGCGCGUGCGGGUGGCCCUGGACCUGGAGGUGGGAGCCGUGUCCUUCUUCGCUGUGGAGGACAUGCGCCACCUCUACACCUUCCGCGUCAACUUCCAGGAGCGCGUGUUCCCGCUUUUCUCUGUUUGCUCCACGGGCACCUACUUGCGAAUCUGGCCUUGAGGGACACUGCUGGGGAGCUCCUGUCUCUGGGCUGCCGGUGGGAGGGGAUGUCGCCUCCCCAGAGAUGCCUGGUCCGUCCUGGGUCUGCCCUCCGUGCUCCUGACCCCGGCUGCCCAAGAGAGGCUGCUACAGACACAACCCCGAAGCCGGAGAGUGAGACUGUGGCCAACUGAGCGGGGGAACAGCGGCUGUGGACUCCUGAGGGUGUUCCCUUCCUGAGGUCACAUGUGGAUUUGGCCAGAGCCUUCAGGAGGGGGAGGCCGGUGAGGUCAGGAGCCCAGCUCUCCAGGGGGCUUCUGCCAUGACUGGGAAGGGCGUCUGGCUCCCUGAAACGAUGUCAGAGCCAGUCCUGCUAUUCUCUGUUGCCAGGGGACAGGUCUGGGCCUGGGCCAACCACGUUUGUUAUCAUGGCUGCUGCCUUCUGGACAGCUGCCAGCUCUGCCUUGAGAGGUUGUGGGACCUCUGGAUCCAGCUGACCUGACAGGUCAUCUACUCAGGGAGAAGCCCUGUGCUCCCAGCUCAGAGGACAGUCCGGGCCAGAACUGGAAGUCUCCAGCACUCCUUAGCUGGAGGAUACAGAGUGAUGGGUGCAUUCUGACUAAUGCGACAACCAACAUGUGCUCUCACAAACACCUGACUCCCCCACUUUCCAGUGCCAAAGUACAAACUCUCCUUGGAUAAGGAGAGCAAAGCUUCUGGAACUUUAUUUAUUCUUUCUUUUUAAUUUUCUUUUAAGAGACUGGGUCUUGCUCUGUUGCCCAGGCUGGUCUUGAACUCCUGGCCUCAAGUGAUCCUCCAGUCUCCAUCUCCCUAAGAGCUGGGAUUACAGGUCUGAGCUGCUGUACCCGAACUUUUUUUGUUUUGUUUUUGCUUCUGGAACUUUGAAACACAAAACACAAGUUGGCAUUUACAAUGUUAAAGAUGCAGCCAGCUCUAAACAACGCACAGAGCACAAAUAUGCUCCUAACGGACUCAGGAAAACGCCAAAAGCAGAGCACCCUGGUGCCAAGGCCUUCUCAGCCCAUGCCCUGGAGGGCAUUCCCCUGGCCAGCCUCAGCCCCUUGUCUUACUUGUUCUCCAGCUUCUGGGUAGCUGGGCUUCUGGAAGGGUGGCAGUGGACUGCUCCCUGCUCAGCGCUCCCCUGGGAAGGGGGUGAGGAGAUGAAAAUGAAGACUAUGAGCUGUCUUUAGAGUUGGCUUGGCCCAUUUUCUACUCCCUAGAUCUGAGCACAGGAGUGUAAGUUUGAGCCAGGCUUUCUGCCAGAGUGAAUAAGCAUGCAUGUUUAUGUGUGGGAGGAGUGUGUAUUUGUAUCUCACCUUUCUUGGGUGGAGUGUGUGUGUGUGUGUGUGUAUUUUGGAGAGGGCAUUUAUGAGCAUGUGCAUAAGGUUCAGGUGUUGCAAACAGACCCAAGUCAGUUUGGUCAUACCCUAUUGUUGAUUUGUUGUUAAAUACUAACCACCUCAUAUUUAGA